GAAACAAAAUCAAUCUACAAACGCAAUUUAUGAAAGAAUGGUCUCCAUGACAACUCAUAUGUUUGUGUCCAAACAAAAAACUCACAUCAAAACACCAACAGUUUCAAAAAUGUACAAGAAAACUACAAAAGCCUCAGCUAUUUAUCACAUUAAAGACGAUAUUAAACAUUUUAAAUUUAAUCUCUCCUUCCAACACAUAAACUCCUUGCUUAAUCUUCCAAAAUUCGAUGUCAAAUCUGGUGGAUCGGUAGUAGCUAAAAGCGAAGGAACUACCGAUAAGGAUAAUUGCCUCAAGGUACUAUCUAUAAAAUGGCAACAAAAAAUCUUUAGUGCACACGAAAUCGAAUUCUUUAGUGACAUCAAUAACUGCAUUACUGAUGUUCAAAAGUCUUAUCACGAAUUGAUUCUUGAAAAUCAAAAUGAACAGCAAGACUCUUUAUGCAUCUCAAAUGAACCCAUUUUUACUUACGUCGAUGAGGACAAUUUUAUACCUGAAUCAGAAAAAAUAACAUCUGAGAAUGCCUUGCAGGGAACAAACGACUCGUCCAACGAUAAAGACAUUGUUCAAAUGUACGUUUACGCUUCGAUAAACCCAAACACAAUCUUGGUAUCUUUGCGAUGGCAUAAAACCGAAAAAACAUUGCAUAUUUAUCCGGAUUUUAAUAAUUUCCGGGAAAAUCCAUAUUUCAUUGAGAUUGAUACCGAUUACCGUCAUCUUUAUGCAUAUGGCAUUGAGAAUACGUCCAAGCAAUCUCAAAUUAGACGGGAAGUCUUUCCAUUUGCCGAACUAAAGCUACCGGAAAUACCACAUUGGGUGAGCUUUGAUGAAUUAUCCGCGCAAUUCUCAAUGCCACCUAAAAGAACUCGACGAGUUGCCAUACUUAUGGAAAUACAAAAAGCCGAAGGAUUCGAAUAUGAUAACAUUCAUGUGCGCUAUCACAUACAUUUGCCAGAGCGAACAAUCCUUGAGGAAGGGCUCUUGAAUGCCUGCACCCACUCAUCUCAAGCAAACAGCGCUGGAGUUUGUGGUUUUGGGCAUUGUUUAGAGAUUCAGCUGUUGUGUGAGGAGGACUUCAAGUUGGAGAAAAUGUGUCAUGUUUACUUUGAGCUGAUUUCGGUGGAUAGUUGGGAUAGAGAGAGAUGCGAAGGAUACGCGUAUUUGAGUUUCUUUCUGGAAAAAGGUUGCGAGGCGACGUUGCUACAGUGCCAUAGACCAAUUGAGGAAGGAAUUUUAGAAAAAUUAAAUAGAUCUUUUAUUGGAGGUCGACGGAAAUUUGAUUUUGAAAAAUUCUAUGGGGGAGAUUUAGAUUUUAUUAAUCGAUAUGGAACGACUAUGGCAACAACUGGGGUGCUGGCAGUACGAUAUCAAAUUCUGACUCAGCGAAAUCCAGAGUUGCUAAGGCCAGUAAGUGGUAGGAUGACUGGAAUGACUCUUGAGGAUAUAAUGAAAGCGUAUAGGGAAGGAAGAAGACGUCUCGAGGCAGUAAUUCGAUUAGAUAAAUAAAAUGUUUUUUUUAUUUGCUCUUAAUAAAAUGAAUUUUGUUUUUUAUUUA